AACGUCGAAGAGCGUCCGGCACGUGAACACGCGGCGCAAGAGAAAAUAAAAGGAAAAGGCAUCCAAUCAGAAGAAAACACGGAGCUUUGAGCGGCCAAUCAGCAAAAGACGAAUCGCCCAGAGCUGUAGAAAAGCGAGACGCGCUGGCAGAAGAAGGGGAGUUCCAGGAAGCGACGCCAGCAGAAGGCAGGCCACCGGACCGGGGAUUGAAUGCCGUCAGGUCUUCACCCGAGACACCAGGACUUCACCCGUGCGGGGCUUCCUGCCAACCCGUUCCUGGGCGUCGCCACUCUGCCCGAUCAAGAACUGCUCCCCGAGGCCGACGAGCUUCUGCGCCUGUGGGCAGAACCUGAGCAGUCUGGCUACGGGCCCGAGUUCUAAGCCCAGCCGCCUGACAAGAACGCUGCCGCCAUCUGCCCAUGCCGCCAAGCCGCCUGCCGUCCCUCUCCAAGCCAGAGCUGCCGCACUCUGAUCCUUUCUUCAACGGUCCAAUGCACCGACCUUUGUUGCGGACAACGAAAGAGAAAGGCGAAGAUUGUAGCAAGGCUCGCGGCUUGAAAUCACGACACUCGCUGGCUGCACGUACGGGUGCGCGGCCUGGCCACCUUUCUGCGUGUUCAGCUCGCGCUGAAAUUGUUCGACGUCUGCCAUCCGCACAUGGCUCGAUCCCGAAGCUGCGCCUGCCUCGUCAAAGCCUGAGCGGAUAUGUCAACCGUCAUUGCUCGAAAGCGCCGCAGGAGAAGGAAGCUGAAGCCCAAGCUGUCAUCCGGCUCGACGAGCCGGGCUUCCAGUACCUUGCCGUCCAACAUGAAGGCAAAUCUCACGGAGCACAUCGAACAGUAAGCAUUUCGACACGAAGGAAUGCGAGGCAAGUGGGUCCAGUGAGUCCACCAUCGAUGCAGAGGACGCCCAGAAUGAUGGACGGCUGUAGCCCGGUGCCCUGCAACCCUCGUUGCCUUUGACGAUCUCUGCACGUGGUGCAAAAUGCGUGCGAUGCCGA